UUGGUUGAAGCUGUCAAAUGUCAUUUCGGUGUGUGUGAUUUUGCGAGUGUUUUCUAGAAUUUUCGCUUCUAUUGAAGUUGGACCCAAUCCUAAGGGAGGUUUUUACAAACCUAAUAGUAAUUACAGAAAGUAGGAUUAUUUUCCAUAUUUAAUUACGCAAGAUGGCUAAAUGGGGUGAGGGUGAUCCACGGUGGAUUGUGGAGGAAAGGCCUGACGCCACUAACGUCAAUAAUUGGCACUGGACAGAGAGGAAUGCCACCCCAUGGUCACAAGAGAAGAUCAAGGAAUUGUUCAAAGAUGUUGCAGUUCCAUCAGAUGUUGCUACUAUUACCAUUGAUGAGGUGGACAAGUUGGAAGGAGAAGCUUCUGCCAGUAAUCGCAAAGGAAAGCUUAUUUUCUUCUAUGAGUGGAAUUUGAUUUUGAAGUGGUCUGGUGUAUUAAAUAAUGGGUCUGGUGUCAAGUACGAUGGUAAAAUAACCAUACCAAACCUCUCAGAGGAAAAUGAUGUCACUGAUCUAGAUAUACAAAUCUCAGUGAAAGAAAUGGAUCAAGAUGGUCAGAUCUUGAAAGACAUCAUGCACAAACAUGGCAAAGAUGUUGUCAGGGAUAGAGUGGCCAACUAUCUGGCUAGUUUAACACAGGAGUUCUCUAAAGGUAUGAUUCUACCCAAAAAGGAUGGAAUUAAACCAGAUUCUGUUAAGAUUCUCACCAGUGGCUUCAACAAAAAAAUUGACAUGCAGCCUGUGGUUGAGGAAAAAAAAUCUGUUGGAUUAAAAAUUGAUACAACCACUUUAAAAAUCAAUCUCAAAUUCCAAUGCAAAGCAAUGGAGUUUUAUGAUGCAAUGACUAGGGUAGAAAUGGUGACUGCCUUCACAAGAGGCGCUGUGAAACUGGAAGUGUUUAAGGGAGGAAAGUUCGAAAUGUUUGGCGGUAACAUUACUGGUAUCUUUGAUGAAUUAGUUCCGGGUAAGAAGAUCGUUCAACAGUGGAGGUACAAACCAUGGCCAGUCGGACAUCAUUCUAUUGUCACCAUCAGCAUUGACGAAAAAGACGACCAUACACAAGUGAAAGUUGUUCAAAGUGGGGUUCCCACAGCGGAGGCUGAAACGACGAGAAAUAAUUGGGAAAUGUAUUAUUGGCAAUCCAUGAAGCGCACUUUCGGUUUCGGAGCUUUUAUAGAGUAGAAUGGGAAUAGUUGUGAAUAUAAUUUUUCAUUUGGUGGAUCAUCGAUUUAAUUAUAAAAAAUAUUGUUAGCAAAUAUUUCAUCUCCGAGACGAUUUUAAUGUAAAUCUAGUGCCCUAAUUAUUUUGCAAGAACAUUAAUAUAUUUCUGUGUUGUAUUAAAUUAUUUGUUCUAACCGCUUUAUCAUUGAGGAUUUCCAUUUCAUUAUUAUCGUGUUGAAAGUAUCUAAAUACAAUAAAAUAAUUAUGAUAA